AUGAAGAAACGGUCGCCAAUGUCACAGCCAGCGGUACCGGACUUCUUCGUGUCCACGGCGCGGCAGUGUUUGGCUUCGGGAAAAAAGAGAAAAUGCCUGUCGAUGUCCGAGUGUCGGAGCCUUGCCGCCCAGAUACAGGCCGUGGACCUUGGUCUGAAACCUGCGCUGCUGUACGACCUGAACUCCGCCGAGCCCAGUCAGAUACAGCACUACUUACGGUGCCUCCAGGCGGCUGGCCGUGUGAGCAAAGCGCUGCACCUUCUGGUGAUGGACGGUAACGUUAUUAUUAUUAACCUGGAUGUGUGCAUGCUGAACCUGGAGGAGCUGCUGCGACAAAACGCUGUUGUCUUAAUGGACGUGUCUUGGGGAAAUGGUAAGCCAGCAACAGCCGAUUUCAGGUUGAGCGGGAUGGAGGCAGCUGUGAGGGGUGUGUUGGACAGGCUCAGGACAUUGAUGUCAGACGGCCCUCUGGUCUGCUUAGUUGAUACACAAACCUGCCCCAGCUGGAACCUCUGCUCCCUGUUUGGGAUUCUUCUUGGUUAUCCUGCCGUGUACUGGUUUGACCUGAUCCACAAUGCUGAAAACUGCUUGGGCAUGGUGCCUCUACAAGUGAUUCGUGUGACUGCAUGCUGGGAGGCUGUUGCCGGGGGCAGCCGUUGCUGCCUGUAUUCCUUCAGCAUCCCAGAGGAGCUGGUGUCAGAGACUCAAAGUGCCCUGGACACCUGGUGCAAUAGACUGCGGGCCCAGUUUAGCCAGCAAUCAGCCUUUAAUGAGUUGGUGAUUUCCUCCGACAGGGUCUGCUUGCCUCAUGUGGCCCUCUGAAGCUAGGAAGCCCUAUGUGGGUCUGGAAAAUGACACAGAAGUGCGUUUGGUCCCAGCUGAUCGUUCCUGCUGACAGUGUGAAAAUGAUUAUUAACAGAAUAAUUGGGAGUUUGGAAAUGAGUUGGACACACAGCAGACAUUCUGUGAUUGGUGCAGUAGAUAUUGACAGAAGUAUGCUGUUUUGUAUUAGCUGACCUCUGUCUUCCCUCCAGAGCAGAGCCUGUAUUCCUCUUUAUUCUUAGUGCACAAUAUAAAAGGCAGACUGUUCUUUAGCAUAGACAAAUAUUUAUAUGAUCCAAUUUCUCUUUUUUUGGGGUGCUUUUAUGGGUCACGACUCUGUGUCCAUGAUCAGAAGGUUACCUGUUUAAAACCUACGGCCGGCAGAGUGAUUUCAGCGCUGGGCACUUGAGCAAAGCCCUUAAUUAUAAAUUGCACUGUCUGACCUGCUAUCACAAUAUGUAGCUUUGGACAAAAUCAUCCGCUAAAUAAAUAAAAUUGCUGAAGUUUUGCUUAAAUCAAAACUGAUUGUUGUAUUGUAACAAUAUUGUAUAAUGAUGUUGUGAACAAUAAAAUCCAUCCAGUUGUUUCGCUAA